AUGGCUAUUAGUGAUGCGGAACUUGACAUCGCUGUGGAAUUGGCCCUGCGUGCGGCGCAUGUCGCCGCCUCGAUCAUUGAAAAGGCGAUGGCAGAGCGUGAGAAUACACUUUUGGACAUCAACACGAAAGUGAAUUCUGUGGACCUCGUGACGCAGUACGACAAGCAGUGUGAAGAGGAGAUUCUUACAAUUCUUCGAACUGGGACGCCGCAAUAUGAUAUACUCAGCGAAGAAACCUACAGCGACGUGGGUCUUAGCGAUAAACCCACGUGGGUCGUUGACCCUAUUGACGGGACCACAAGUUUUGUUCACGGUCUUUUUGACUGCUGCGUGUCCAUUGCUCUGGUCGUUGACAAGGAGCCGAUCCUUGGUGUUGUCAGCGCCCCGCGGAUGCAUGAAGUGUACUCGGCUGUUCGAGGCCGCGGUGCGUACUGCAACGGACAACGGACUUAUGUUUCAGAGAAGCGCCGUCUUGAAGAGUCUGUUGUCCUGUUGCAUCAAGCUGUUAAUCGCAGUGAGCCUGCGGUGAAGAGCCUUAUUUCCAUUCAAAAGGAACUGGCUUGUAUUCCUGUUCACGCAGUCCGCAAUCACGGUUCAGCGGCGCUUGACAUGUGCUUUGUUGCGAGUGGGAGGGCAGAGCUGUACUUUGAGGUGGGCAUUUAUGCCUGGGACAUUGCCGCCGCCAGCAUCAUUGUUCGUGAGGCAGGCGGUGUGGUGCACAAUAUUGACGAUGCCCAGUCCCUUGACCUCAUGUCACGUGGAUUCUGCUGCGCCAAUUCAUUGGAGCUCUCAAAGGUUGGAAUCGACCUUUCCAAGAAAUACAAAUAUAAAGAAAGCACGCUGGGGAAGUAA